AUAAUCUCAGAAAUCUCACAAACGCAAAUGAAACUGAAGCACUUGGAAAGCGCGCUUCAGGACGUUGAGGCUUUUGCAUCGCCCAAAGUCAAGCUCGAGCAGUAUCCGACUCAACCACACGUUGCAGCACAGAUGCUCUAUACAAUGCACAACUCGUUUGGCGACAUUGAGGGCAAGGCGGUUGGCGAUCUGGGCUGCGGAUGCGCAGUGCUGAGCAUUGGCGCCGCUCUGCUCGGAAGCGCCUACAAUGUGGGAUUUGACAUUGACACGGACGCGCUCAAGAUUGCAGCCGCAAAUGCUGCUGAAUUCGAGUGCGACAUUGACUUUGUGCAUUGCGACGUCGUCGAGGCGCUCGGUCUGGCUGCCAACGCUCAGCCGCCAUUGCACAUUCAGAUGGCUGCACUAUCCACAAAUGACUCAAGCUCCCCAGCAGCAAGUUCGAGCAACGGUUUGCCAUUGUUAGUGCGGCCAAAGUCGCUGGAUACGGUGAUUAUGAACCCGCCGUUUGGCACCAAGAACAAUGCCGGAAUUGACAUGACUUUUCUGCACGCCGGCGUCCUGCUCGCACGCACCGCUGUCUGGUCACUACACAAGACUAGCACGCGCAAGCACAUUGCCAAGAAGGCUGCUGAAUGGGGCACUACGAUGGAAGUUGUGGCUGAGCUCCGCUUUGACAUUCCUGCAAUGUACAAGUUCCACAAGGAGAAAUCGGUCGACGUCGCUGUGGAUCUCAUUCGUCUUGAUUGCACGCGCGCUCCUUCGCGAUAACAACCGCUCUUGUCACAGCGACAGUCCUGUGUAGCGUGUGGGAGUUUUGUGUUUGUUUGUACCUUAGUUUUGCUUUUGUAUCAGUAGGAUGAGUUUGUGUGGUCAAACCGCGUCCCAGUCACAGUUCGUCAGACAUGCUCUUCCUGCAAGUUCGCCCAUUCUCUCACGCAGCAG